AGGCCCCGUAAAUUUUUGCCAGUCGUCCGUCGCGGGGCCCAUUGAAUUUCGAAUUCCACAGUCGAUCCUCGCCCAGCGCGCCCGCGUCCUUUGUCCAGAACCGAUCUUUGUUCGAGUUUCAGAGGAUCCUUCUGGUGUUUUUGCAUUCUCACCUCCAUGUCCGCCCUGCCUUCCUGGCUCUUCUCCAACAACACCACCUCCUCGUCGACCGCUCCUGCCUCAGAGCCUUCUACUGAACAAAAACCCAAAAUGGCCGGCACCAAGAAGGUCGUCAAGAAGUCGGGCGACAAGAAGAAGGCUGCCGCCCAGCCUUCCGCCCAGCUCCUCGCCGCCGUUGAGAAAUUCCUCACCGAGAACAACUUCGGAGACGCUGCCACCGAAUUCACUAAGCAGAUCACCAAGAACGGCUGGGAAAAGAAGUCCUCCGACGCUUCCCUCGUCUCCAUUUUCCAGACCUGGGAGGCCAAGCCCAAGCAGGCUGGUAGCACCAGCGGCGAUGAUAGCGACAGCGAUGACGAGAGCAGCAGCUCUAGCGAGUCCGAGUCUUCGGACAGUGACAGCGAUAGCGACAGCGAAGAUGAGAAGAAGAAAGAAGCCUCCGCCAAAAAGGCCGAGUCCUCAAGCUCUAGCAGCAGCGACUCUUCGAGCGACAGCUCUAGCGACUCCAGCUCCAGCGAGGAUGAGGCCAAGAAGACCAAGGCCGCCGCCUCCGCCACCAACCCUCUGAAGCGCAAGGCCGAGUCCAGCUCUGAGAGCUCUUCCUCGUCGUCCGAUUCUUCCUCCAGCGACUCUUCCAGCUCCGAGGACGAGGCCCCCAAGGCCAAGAAGCAGAAGGUUGCCGAGUCUUCUUCCUCCUCUUCUGAGUCUUCAUCUGACUCCUCCUCCGACUCGUCUUCUUCCUCCGAAUCCGAAGACGACAAGAAGAAGCCCGCCGCUAAGGCUGCAUCCCCCAAGAAGGCCGCUGCCGCCAAGAAGGAGGAGUCUUCGGACUCGUCCUCUUCCGACUCUUCGUCCUCCGAAUCUUCUUCCGAGUCUAGCUCAGACUCUUCUUCCUCCGACUCUUCUUCUGAUUCGGAUUCGAGCUCCAGCGAUUCUGACUCAUCUUCGGACUCUUCGUCUGAUUCCGAUUCCAGCUCGGACUCCGACUCUGACUCUUCUGAGUCCGAGGCUGAGAAGAAGGAGGUCAAGAAGGAAGCCAAGAAGGCUACCAAGUCUGACAGCUCCUCCAGCGACAGCUCUUCUAGCGAUUCUUCGUCCGACUCUGAGGAUGAGAAGAAGACUGAGAAGAAGAAGGCCGCUUCCACCAACGGCUCCGACUCCUCCGCCACGCUCAAGGCUUCCACCGAGUCCACUCCUGUCCCUACCACCGAGGAGAAGACCAACAACCGGGGCAAGGCCAAUGGACCCCUACCCAAGAAGGAGAUCCAGCCCUUCUCUCGCGUGCGCAAGGACGUCGUUGUUGACCCGCGUCUCGCUUCCAACGCUUUCGCCGGUCACGAGUGGGGCCAGAAGGCGCACGAGGAUUUGAUCGUCACCAGAGGCAAGGGCUUCACCAAGGAGAAGAACAAGAAGAAGAGGGGCAGCUACCGGGGCGGGCGCAUUGACACCUCCGCCGUCGGCGGCAUCAAGUUCGAUGACUAAACGGUCAUUGAUAGACUGAUCUGUCCUGUCAGACUUGUCUCCUUUUCUUUCCUUGCUAAAACUCGGUUCUUCUCUGGUAUAACAAAAGCUUUGCUUCCUCUUUCCGACCAGUCAAGGAUUUCUCUGUGUGCUUUUUGUUUGCAUUUGCGAUAUACCAAUUUUUCUCUUUCCUAUCUUGAUGCAUUGUCCGGGGGUGGGCGCGUGCAUCUUUCUUCAACUUGGCUAGAGGACAGCAUCAUGUUGUUAUUCUCAUACUUGGCGAUAUGUAAGACAUAGAUGGUGACGGACGGGUGACUGGCCAUAAUCGUUGCCGCCCUUACCAUCUUCUAUAUGUAUAGACUAGAAUCAGGAUAGUUUCUAGUAUGGACUUGCGCGGAGCUUGAUUGCGAUGCGUGGGUACCGAGUUAUCGAAACCAUCUAUAAUGAGCU